GAGUACAUCCGAUUGAUUUAAUAAAUAUAUUUGUAUCAAACUGGAUCGCUCUUCUAAACUGCUAUAAAGGUCUUUUACGUAGAAGUGGGGUCGAAUGAAAGGAAUUGGUUCAUGUGAAAAUUAUCUGUGAACAAAAUGAUAGAAAAUGGACAUGAUGGGAGACAUGAGAAUUAGCCUGAUUUUUAUGAUCAAUGUGAUCGCUUUUGGAAACUCGGAGAUAAAAGUUCGGGGUAAGGGUGCAAGCUUUCCUAGCGAGGUAUACAAGGCGUGGAUACCCUCCUACAAGGCCAGUAGACAGUCGCACGUUUCCCUCUUCAUGGAUUAUGACGCUGUCGGGAGCGGAAACGGCCAGAAAGCCAUCACUGCAAAUGGUGAUAUUGAGUAUGCUGGUUCUGACAGUUUAAUGUCUAAUGAGACGAAAAUUGCGUAUCCGGACCUGAUAGAAUUUCCAACAGUAGCAGGGGCUAUAGUCAUGGGCUACAACUUGCCAAACUUUGGGUCCAACAAACUGAAUUUUUCGAUGGAGCAAUUGGUCGGAAUCUACAAUGGUACCCACAGAUAUUGGAAUGAUACCACUUUUUCACAAAACAACCCUUAUGGUACUUUACCUAACGCCAAGAUUAUUGUGAUAGCCAGGGCCGAUAAAUCAGGGUCAACCUCGCUCUUCACUUCUGCACUUUCUUCUGUAGAUCAAAACUGGAACAGUGUCUAUGGCACAUUUUCAAAAGGAAUUGAUUCUAAUGGGGUACCGUACCACUGGAAUUCUGACACAAUCACUUAUUAUGGGAUGCAGACUAGAGGUGUUGCUGGUCUGCUGUUGUCGUUUCAGAAUUCCAUUGGUUAUCUAUCAGUUGCUGAUGUUCAAGAUGGUGUAACUAAUACAGCACUUCUUCAAAAUGGAGCUGGUGAAUACAUGUCUCCAACAUCCUUGGCUGUGCAAAACGCUAUGGACUAUUUUGCAAUUCAGAAUCCUACAGCACUAACAUUUUCUUUAGCAAACAGUGGCAGCAUGGGUUCUUAUCCAAUAGCAGGUUUCACACAUUUUAUAAUUUAUAAAACUCAAAUGAAAAACUGUAACUCAGCCAAAGAACUUGUUCGUUAUAUAAACUGGUUCCUGACUGAAGAUACCCCUCGUAGUGAUUGCGAAGCAUUGGGCUUUGCUCCUCUCAGUUCCGACAUGGUUAAUAGGAUACAAAGAGAGGUGAUCGAACAAGUUUACUGUGAGGGACGCAACAUGUGGAUUGAAGUGCUGGCGGAUAAGGAAAAUGAGGAGAAAGUGGUGGAUGAUUCCUGGCAAACUGCCGUGGCUAUAUCGGUCCCCAUCAGUACAGUAGUGCUUGGGGUUCUGAUCGGAUACAUUUUGUUUCAGAAAAUCAAAUACUGGAGGCUACUGAACAGGGAUGAUUGGCUCAUUCCAAUAGAUGAUAUUGUUUUUUAUUACGAUAGCAGAAACAACUCUUCAAAUCGAUGUUCCUCGCUCUUCGCAAGGUCUGUUAGAUCGUUACAAUCGGCACAAACUACAAUGGAUAAGAAAGAAUUAGAUGCUAUGAUAGACAAAGUUCUACAGUGGCCUGGAAAGUGGAAAGGUUAUGAUAUCGGGGUAAGGUUAUUAGAAAUUCAACAAAUGCGGAACCUAACGAAACAUAUGAAACAGGAGAUGCUGAUAAUUCGUGAUAAAAUAGCUCAUCCAAAUGUUGUCAAGUUUUUUGGACUCACAACCAUAGAAAACGAAAAAUACGUGAUUGGUGAAUACUGUCGGAAAGGAUCUCUAGCAGAUGUGCUGCAGGACAACAGGAUAACAAUGACACUGGAAUUUAAACUGGCGUUAGCUUUGGAUGUGUGCCAGGGUAUGUGUUUCCUGCAUAACCAACACCUCAUUCAUGGAAAUCUAAAGGCAUGUGUUUGUUUCGUGGAUGCCAAAUGGACGGUAAAAGUGGGUGAUUGGGAGUUUUUAAAACUCUUAACUCUUAACAACGAAGAAAACGCUAUGAUUGCUGGAAACGUUUACAAAGGCAGCUUAACCAAACCGUCAAUAACUUCUAGGGAAUUUUGGGUAGCUCCUGAAGUACUAAGAGCACAUUAUAAAUGCAAACUAACGCAAGAAUGUGAUGUAUUCAGUUUUGCAAUUCUUUUACAAGAAAUUUACACACAAGAAGAACCUUACAGCGAAUAUCUUGGGACAUCAUCGACUAAGGAGAUCCUGCAUGCAAUAUGUUCCAGUAACCUGCGUCCAAAGAUCCAACUGGAUAUUCCGGUAUCCAUUAGACAAAUCAUGGAAAUUGCCUGGACGGAUAAUCCAGUUAGCCGGCCUUCGUUUAAUCAAAUACUUCAGCUUAUGAAACGAAACAAUCCUUUGAGAAAAUCCGUAAUGGAUAGUGUUAUUCAAUCAAUGGAGGACUACACCAAACAUCUAGAAGACUGUGUGGAGGAGAAAACGAUUGAAUUAGAGUCGGCGAAGAAACAAAUGAAGGUCAUGAUGUCUAGUAUUAUACCAGAAACCAUAGCUAACUCUAUUUCAAACGGCGAAUCCAUUGCUCACGACCAGGAAAAAACAAUGGGAGUAAUCUGUGUGGAGAUUACCAAUGGAAACGACUUUACUAAUUUACAUUCAAAAGACAAGGUCCGGAAAAUAACGGAUUUGUGUACUUACUUGGAUUUACUUGGAAGCAAGUACUCGGCAUUUAGAUACAGCUCUUUUGGCACGUCUUUCAUGAUAGUGAUUGGAGUGGGAGACGUAAACAACAACAACAAAGGACAAAAUGUUGCAUUAAAAACUGCGCAUAUGUGUUUAGACAUUCUCACUCAUGAGCAUAUAGAUGACUCAAACUGUAAACCGGAGGACUUAUGGAUGGUGAAACUUUGUAUUGGCGCACAUGUCAGCAGAACUACAACUGGAAUUGUUGAGACUGACACGCCACAGUUUCUCUUGUUUAGUGAUUUACCUGACGUUGUACGAAGCCUUGCAAGAUCAUCACACGCCUCCAAAAUUCAUAUUUCAAUGGAUCUGCGGAAAAUGCUACUUUCAUCAAACAAUUUUUCGACUGAAAGAUCAGGAUUGCUCAUUGUCAGAGGAGUGGAAUACGAAACGUUUUGGCUUACCGGAAGAACCAUGAAGUUUUCUAACAGCCCAAUGAACAGCAUAUUGACAACUCGAAAUACGAAGAGUCCAACAGAAACAAAAGAAAAGGGAGAGUCAGCUUACAGUCCAUCCCCCAAAACCCUCGCAACGAAUUAUUUUGAUAAAGGCGAUGUUCACGAAACUUACCCUUUGCAUCAUGACACUACCACAAAGUCAGUACUUAAUUGUCGACCACUACCAAAAUGUGAGAAAAAGACUAUUUUCUCCAACGAAGUUCGUCCAAUAGAAACUGGUACCCCAAAAAUGACCAACGUAAAGGUUAAAACCGUUCAUCAGAGACGGCGAACAAAACAAAGAGCAGACAUGCUACCGGAAGUAAUGGAAGUAACCAUAGAUAUAGACGACAAUUUUGCAGAAGUUUAAUGCCUGAUCAAAGCUUUAUUCUAUUUAAUUUGCUCGUUAUCUUCACCUUUCAAUUAAGUUAUCACUAUUUCCGUUCCUUUUUAUGUUCUAGAAUGGAAUGUAUUUCAUGAUCUACAACCUGCAAACUAGAAAGAAUCAAUCCAAAUUAAAGUACAGUAUUACAGAAAUUGGAUUUCUAUAAAUGCAAGGUGAAGAUAACGAACAGUGAUCAAUCUCAUAACUCCUACAAGCAAUACAAAAUAGAUAGUUGGGAAAACACGGACCCCUGGACACACCAGAGGUGGGAUCAGGUGCCUAGGAGGAGUAAACAUCCCCUGUUGACCGGUGACACCCGCCGUGAGCCCCAUAUCCUGAUCAGGUAAGCGGAGUUAUCCGCAGUCAAAAUCAGUGUGCCAAGAACGGCUUAACAAUCGGUAUGAAACACGUCAGACAGCAUUUGACCCAAUGCGAGGUUGUAUUGACGAACUAGAUCGUUAAAACGACCAUAGAAUUUGCGAAAUGCUGACUUCAAUCGAGACUGUUGAAAUCCCUGUACCAUCAACUUGUUUGUCAAUAGCUUACCUCGAUUUAAAAACUGACUAUACCCAGAACAAGCUCUUGCAUAUCGAAUCAGUUGAGAUAUAUGAACACCAUAUGCAGGUGAUAAUGGAAUAUUGCUACAUAAAUGUGGGAAGUUGACGAUGGAGAAGCUGAAAUCAUCCCGUUUGUCAUACAGUUAAGUUGUUAGUUUGCCGUUAAUGUCUACUUUCAAUAAAAUAUCUAAGUAUGAA